AUGUCAUUUGGUAAUGCAAAUGCGGGGGUUCAGUUGGGGAUCAAUCACGGAUCGAUCCAUCUCUUACCUGACCGACCGGAAAACACACAGCAGAGGGUAGACAACGAAGUGCUUAGGUCACUGGCAUACCCGCAGAUGCUAGAUCGGAGAGACGAUAUUGAGCCAUGUCAUACCAAUACCUGCCAAUGGAUUCUGGACUUAGAAAAGUACCAGUCUUGGAGGAGCCAGUCCCGCGGUCUACUGUGGAUUAAGGGCAAGCCGGGUGCGGGCAAAUCGACGUUGAUGGUAUUCCUACACGACAGACUUAGGAUAUCACAAGACGACCGUCAGGGUAUUCGGCUCGACUUCUUCUUUACCGCUCGGGGCACGGAGCUGCAACGCACACCGCUCGGGAUGCUCAGGUCGUUGCUAAACCAGAUUUUUGUCUGCGACGCGACCAUACGCCCUCAGGUGCGCGAUAUCUAUAAACAACGAUGUAAGCAGUUUGGGUAUGGUGAAGGCAAGUGGGAAUGGCCACGAGUGGUGCUAGAAGAGUUACUGGCAGGUAUCAUCCUUAAAUCCGCCAGUCGGCAACACGUGACAGUUUUUGUCGAUGCUCUAGAUGAGGCUGGGACUGAGUCCGCUCAACAGCUAGCGGCAUAUUUCCAUCGGCUUAUCAGUCGCGCAGAAAAAGCGAAUGCGGCCGUUCAAAUUUGUAUCUCAUGUCGACACUAUCCUAUCGUGGAAAGUGCUCGGGCUGUGGCAAUUUAUGUCGAGGACCAUAAUCAUAAAGACAUCACCAUGUAUAUUAAGGACAACCUUGCUGACAUGGAGCUCGGAGACAGUCCUAGUGAUAAAGCGAGGGGGGUGUUAGUGGAACAGCUAAUCCAGCAAGCCAAGGGUGUUUUUCAAUGGGCCCGUCUCAUAAUACCUCUUAUUAGGCAGAAGAUUUUUGAAGGGGAAUCGUUUGACGACAUCCGUUGCUGGUUACGCGAGGUCCCAGCCGAACUGAAAGACGUGUAUACAUAUAUACUGAACAACGUGAUCGAGGCGAAAAAUCGGGAACAGUCGUUCCUAUUCUUUCAAUGGGUGUGCCUGGCCGAACGACCACUCACUGUUACAGAAAUGCGGUAUGCCUUGGCGGCUAAGAAUGCCCAAAUAACUCCUUCCCCAAAGACAUGGGAGAAGAUAGACGAUUUUGUCGAAAGCAACGAACGUAUGAAGCGAAGAAUCAAGGCUCUUUCUGGUGGACUAGCCGAAGUAGUCUCAAGCGGAGAUAAUGACGAGAGUGUGCAGGUAGUACACCAGUCGGUGAAUGAUUUCUUGCGUGUAAAAGGAUUAGGGCUUUUGUGUCACCAUAUCGAUGCCAAAAUGAUGCCUGUCGAUAACGACAAGGUCCUAUUUCAAUGCCACGCAACUCUCUACCGAUCAUGUCUGGUUUAUCUAGCCACAAUACACCUUCCUCGAGAAAUCUUGAAUCAUCACCAGAGCACGAGAAAGAACAUCGCCCAGGAUCGCCCGCUGCUUACCUACUCCACUAAAAACCUCUUUAUUCAUGCGGAAAAAGCUGCCGCCUCUAGAGCGGACGUGCUACAGAAUGAACGAGAUAUCCUACAGCGAGUAGUUAGUCGGUGGGUCCAGAUUUACCAGAUCUUGAAUCCAUAUAACACGGCGCGUCCACCGAAAGAUACGACGAUCAUACAUAUGGCAGCAGCCGCCAAUCUCGUCGAUAUCAUCGAAUGUCUGGUGUUUAACGGUGAAGACGUCAUGAGGAAAGACGGAAAGGGAAAGACAGCUUUCCACUUAGCAGCGCGACACGGUCAUAUACCAGCGGGCGAAAUACUGCGGGCGAAAGGAGCAGAUUCUGAGGCAAAAUACGAAAAUGGAACAACGCCGUUGAUCGAGGCGGCUAGCUUUGGGCAGGUGGGAUUCGUCGAAUGGCUCCUGCAUAAGGGUGUGAAGCUUGAAACAACAAGGGAUGGAAGUGAAAGUGCUUUACAAGCAGCUUCGUUGCGAGGCCAUCAGGGCAUUGUUGAACUUUUGCUCGACGCUGGCGCCGAUGUCAAUGCUCAGGGUGGUAAAUACGGCAAUGCCCUACAGGCCGCUGCAUCCAGUGGAAAAACCGAGAUAGUGCAGAAGCUACUCGAUACUGGCGCCGAUGUCAAUGCUCAGGGUGGUGAAUACGGCAAUGCCCUACAGGCCGCUGCAUCCAGUGGAAAAACCGAGAUAGUGCAGAAGCUACUCGAUACUGGCGCCGAUGUUAAUGCUCAGGGUGGUGAAUACGGCAAUGCCCUGCAGGCCGCUGCCGCUACAUACUUCGGACGCACCGAGAUAGUGCAGAAGCUGCUCGAUGCUAGGGCCGAUGUCAAUGCUCAGGGUGGUAAAUACGGCAAUGCCCUACAGGCCGCUGCAUCCAGUGGAAAAACCGAGAUAGUACAGAAGCUGCUCGAUGCUAGGGCCGAUGUUAAUGCUCAGGGUGGUAAAUACGGCAAUGCUCUGCAGGCCGCUGCCGCUACAUACUUCAGACGCACUGAGAUUGUGCAGAUGCUGCUCGACGCUGGCGCCGAUGUCAAUGCUCGGAGUGGUGAAUACGGCAAUGCCCUACAGGCCGCUGCAUCUAGUGGACAUACCGAGAUAGUGCAGAAGCUGCUCGACGCUGGCGCCGAUGUCAAUGCUCAGGGUGGUGAAUACGGCAAUGCCCUACAGGCCGCUGCAUCCAGUGGAAAAACCGAGAUAGUACAGAAGCUGCUCGAUGCUAGGGCCGAUGUUAAUGCUCAGGGUGGUAAAUACGGCAAUGCUCUGCAGGCCGCUGCCGCUACAUACUUCAGACGCACUGAGAUUGUGCAGAUGCUGCUCGACGCUGGCGCCGAUGUCAAUGCUCGGAGUGGUGAAUACGGCAAUGCCCUACAGGCCGCUGCAUCUAGUGGACAUACCGAGAUAGUGCAGAAGCUGCUCGACGCUGGCGCCGAUGUCAAUGCUCAGGGUGGUGAAUACGGCAAUGCCCUACAGGCCGCUGCAUCCAGUGGAAACACCGAGAUAGUGCAGAAGCUGCUCGAUGCUAGGGCCGAUGUCAAUGCUCAGGGUGGUAAAUACGGCAAUGCCCUACAGGCCGCUGCAUCUAGUAGACACACCGAGAUAGUGCAGAAGCUGCUCGACGCUGGCGCCGAUGUCAAUGCUCAGGGUGGUAAAUACGGCAAUGCUCUGCAGGCCGCUGCACCUAGUGGACACACCGAGAUAGUGCAGAAGCUGCUCGACGCUGGCGCCGAUGUCAAUGCUCAGGGUGGUGGAUACGGCAAUGCCCUACAGGCCGCUGCCGCUACAUACUUCAGACGCACUGAGAUUGUGCAGAUGCUACUCGACGCUGGCGCCGAUGUCAAUGCUCAGGGUGGUAAAUACGGCAAUGCCCUACAGGCCGCUGCAUCUAGUGGACAUACCGAGAUAGUGCAGAAGCUGCUCGACGCUGGCGCCGAUGUCAAUGCUCAGGGUGGUGAAUACGGCAAUGCCCUGCAGGCCGCUGCCGCUGCAUACUUCAUACGCACUGAGAUUGUGCAGAUGCUGCUCGACGCUGGCGCCGAUGUCAAUGCUCGGAGUGGUCGAUAUGGAUCACCACUCUUGGCGGCUGUUUACAAAGGCCGUGCCGAUCGAGUUCAGAUGCUUCUUCACGCUGGCGCAGAUCCCUUGCUUGCAGAUGAACUCGACCAGACUCCUCUUCAUAUUGCGGCCGCGAAAGAUAUGCUCAACCUCGUAAAUCGAUUCCCGCUGCUCGCCUCCGCUAUCAACAAUAAGGAUAUGUUCUUGCAAACCCCGCUUCAUCUGGCUCUCUGUCUAGGCCGCGUCAAAUUUGCUAUAAAGCUCCUCCACCUUGGUGCCAAUCCUUCUCUUCUGGAUGGUUACGGUAGAAAUAUCCUGGACUGGGUAGUAGGAAACGAAGGCCUGAUGCACCAAAUACAAAGCCACUGGCCUUCAAUUGUCGUGACCCCUGAUGAGACUCAAAAAUUGACUGUUCGCCAAUCAAUCCUUCAAAUCUCGGAUACGCUUCUUCGUUUUAAGCUGGACUCUCCAUGGCCUCUUCUGGAACAAUUAGGUCGCUACUGCUUGUUUCUUGAUGACACGGACAAUGCUCGAUAUCUAUUUCAGCUAUAUCCGUCUCAGGGGACUUUUUUCUACGCCGAUAUACACGAGAUUAUCUGUGACUUUUGUGAACGGGCUAUCACCGGAUCUCGCUUCUCGAUUGCACCCAAAUCAAAAGCACAAGACCUUUGA